CUUUAUCAGUCCUGCGUAGUAAGGACACGUCACACAGUCGCACGACACAGAGAUAUCCUUUGCGUGUUUUAUCUUAUCCCUUGCCGUCAAACAUUAUCCUGCAAUCAAUCAACAAACAUAAAAUCGCCAAAAUCACGAAGGAGCAAUAAAAAAUAACAGUAGCUAAUAUGAAAACCGAUUGAAAAUACUCAAAUUGGAAAAUUUAUCUUAACAUCGAAUAAAUGCCAUCACGAAAAAGAAACAAUGCAAUUCUGUCCAUAAUGAAAUCUCUCGUGUGAAUCCCUCGCAUAUCCGAUAACAAAGUUUACAAUAAAAAACAGUGGGUCAAUAAUCAGCACAUCUGGGUCGAUUAGAAAAUGAAGCGUCAGAACAUACGAACUCUCUCACUAGUGGUUUGCACAUUCACUUAUCUGCUGAUAGGAGCGGCCGUGUUUGAUGCGCUGGAAUCAGAAACAGAAGCUCGACGGUGGGAAUUUUUGAAGAGCGUAAAGGCCAACUUCGUGGCUAAAUAUAACAUCACACCUGAGGACUAUCACAUGAUCGAGAUUGUCAUAACGGAGAACAAACCACAUAAAGCCGGUCCCCAAUGGAAGUUUGCAGGAGCAUUCUAUUUCGCUACCGUUGUGCUAGCAAUGAUUGGCUACGGCCACUCCACACCGGUCACAAUCGGUGGCAAAGCGUUCUGCAUGGCGUACGCAAUGGUGGGAAUUCCUCUAGGGCUGGUCAUGUUCCAGAGUAUCGGUGAACGUCUCAAUAAGUUUGCGUCUGUGGUUAUUCGAAGAGCGAAAAAAUAUCUCCGCUGUCAGCAGACGGAAGCUACGGAAAUGAAUCUUAUGCUGGCUACCGGUUUGUUAUCAUCAGUGAUAAUUACGACUGGAGCAGCGGUGUUCUCGAAAUACGAAGGAUGGUCUUAUUUCGACAGUUUUUAUUACUGUUUCGUUACGCUGACGACGAUUGGCUUUGGUGAUUAUGUAGCUCUCCAAAACGACCAGGCUCUUAUCAACAAACCAGGCUAUGUAGCGCUUAGUUUGGUGUUUAUUCUAUUCGGACUAGCGGUAGUGGCCGCAAGCAUUAAUUUGCUAGUGUUGCGUUUUAUGACCAUGAAUGCCGAGGAUAUUCGACGCGAGGAAGCCGAAAUGCAAUCAUCCGUGGAGGGCUUCAACUAUGAAUGUGAAUCUACAGGGAAACUACUCUCCUGUGCCAAUCUGAACUACUGUUCCGAAAUCGAGGAAGAAGAUACGUCGGUUUGUUCUUGCACGUGUUUGGGAGGCAACAGUUUUACAACGCACGAACAUGAGUUUUUAUUAGACCAAGGAUACCACCCGGCAGAUAUUAUAACCAGUACGAUUAGCUUGAAACGAAUGUCGAUUUAAGAUUUCCGAUUUUAGCAUACAGUGAUAUUAGAUAGUCCUGAAAGAGAAUAAUCAGAAAAUAGAAUUUCCAAAAUGAAGGAAAAACAUAAAUUUGAAAAGUUUACAUCAAAUUUUAUGUAAAUAAUUGCAUUUCUUUUUUUUUUUCAAAUGUUAUUCAGACAUUCGAGUAUCAAUCUAGCGAACAAAACUGAUCAAUUGUAGAACUUCAGAUUUUACAGAUAUAUCUGAAUAUUUUCAACGUCUACCAUAGGAAACAGAAUGCGGAUUUACAUCUAUAUUAGGCUCUUUCAUAUUUCCAACAUGUCAGUUGAAUAAUAAUUUAAUACAUAGUAAAAUAUCGGGAGUAAUAUAGCAAUGUUUCCAUUUUACCA